CUUUGAGGGAGAGCCCGAGCUCACGCGCAUGUGCACAGGAGGAUCGCGCUCGUGACGUGUUUCAGAGAGGGCGGGCUGCUGAUAAAAAGCGCGUGCGCGGCCUGCUUCGGUCCUUCCAAGUCAGCCCCGAGACAAGAUGUCCCACCGCAAGUUCUCAGCUCCCAGACAUGGAUCUCUGGGCUUCCUGCCACGCAAGCGCAGCCGUAGACAUCGGGGCAAAGUGAAGAGCUUUCCCAAGGAUGACCCCAACAAGCCUGUCCACCUCACUGCAUUUCUUGGCUACAAGGCUGGCAUGACCCACAUUGUCCGGGAAGUUGACAGGCCUGGAUCCAAGGUGAACAAGAAGGAAGUGGUAGAAGCAGUCACUGUAGUAGAGACUCCUCCCAUGGUAAUUGUGGGCAUCGUGGGCUAUGUGGAGACUCCUCGUGGCCUCCGUACCUUCAAGACCAUCUUUGCUGAGCAUAUCAGUGAUGAGUGCAAGCGUCGCUUCUACAGGAACUGGCACAAGUCCAAGAAGAAGGCCUUCACCAAGUAUUGUAAGAAGUGGCAGGAUGAGGAGGGCAAAAAGCAGCUGGAGAAAGAUUUCAGUAGCAUGAAGAAAUACUGCCAGGUUAUCCGGGUCAUAGCUCACACACAGAUGCGCUUGCUUCCCCUGCGUCAGAAGAAGUCUCACCUAAUGGAGAUCCAAGUGAAUGGUGGCAGUGUUGCUGAGAAAGUGGACUGGGCUCGAGAGAAGCUAGAACAGCAGGUGCCAGUGUCAGCUGUUUUUGGCCAAGAUGAGAUGAUAGAUGUCAUUGGUGUCACCAAGGGCAAAGGGUACAAAGGUGUUACUAGCCGUUGGCACACCAAAAAACUGCCCCGCAAGACUCACAGGGGUCUGCGCAAGGUAGCCUGUAUUGGCGCUUGGCAUCCUGCUCGUGUGGCUUUCUCCGUGGCCCGAGCUGGCCAGAAGGGAUACCACCACCGUACUGAAAUCAAUAAGAAGAUCUACAAGAUUGGCCAGGGUUACCAGAUCAAGGAUGGCAAGCUGAUCAAAAACAAUGCAUCAACUGAUUAUGAUCUGUCUGACAAGAGCAUUAACCCUCUGGGAGGUUUUGUCCACUAUGGAGAAGUGACCAAUGACUUCAUCAUGCUGAAAGGCUGUGUUGUUGGGACCAAGAAGAGGGUCCUAACCCUGCGUAAGUCCCUACUUGUGCAGACCAAACGUCGGGCCCUGGAGAAGAUUGACUUGAAGUUUAUUGACACAACUUCCAAAUUUGGUCAUGGCCGCUUCCAGACUGCUGAGGAGAAGAAGGCCUUCAUGGGACCACUUAAAAAAGAUCGGAUUGCUAAAGAAGAGACAGCCUAAUGCCUGGAAGGGCCUUGCCCUGCUCUGUGGCCUGUGUGCUUUUAGACCAAUAAAGCCAAUAAUUCAAAAAAAA